AUGAAUGAGGAAGCUCUGUUGGCACGGGCUUCCGAGGAGCGGGAGCGUAUCUUCCAGCGAUACGAAAGAGGUCGAGACAACCUCGUUGGACAGAUAGAUCCGUGGGAAGAUCCCGAGUUCGAGGAGUACCAUAAAACCGAUAGAUAUGGCUUCAUUCACGAUGAGCGUCUGCCGCAGAGAACGGCCCCACAAAAAGUUAAUAUCGAAGUUGAGAGAGAAAAGAAAUGGGUCAAAAUGCUGGCGCACUGGGACACGCCAGAAACCAAGCAAAAAUUGCACAGACGUAUAUACAAAGGCAUUCCAAACUCAUUAAGAAUAAACACGUGGUGCAAAUUACUGCAAGUAAACCGUAUAAAAUUUGAAAAUCCAGGGAAAUAUCAAGAUAUGUUGAAAUUGGGCAAGUUAUGGUCUACCGAUGUCAGGCAAAUAGACUCUGAUGUAAACAGACAGUUCAGAGAACAUCAGUUUUAUCGGGAGAGGUAUUCGGAAAAGCAGUGUGCCCUCUUUAAUGUUUUAUGUGCAUACAGCAUUUAUAAUUCCGAAGUCGGGUAUUGCCAGGGCAUGUCAGGGCUCGCUGGCGUUCUGUUAAUGUACAUGGACGAAGAAGACGCUUUUUGGGCAUUGGCAAUACUCUUGUCUGAUAAAAGGUACGCCAUGCACGGAUUAUUCAUAGAAGGAUUUCCCAAGUUAACGAGAUUCCUAGAACAUCAUGAUAAAAUACUCACGAAAUUUAUGCCUAAAUUAAAGCACCACUUCGAUAAAUUUGGUUUAGAUGCGAUAUUGUAUUCCCUGAAAUGGUUCUUCGUUUGUUUUGUUGAAAGAGUGCCAUUCAGUCUUUGUCUAAGGGUAUGGGAUAUAUACCUACUUGAUGGAGAGCGGGUCAUAACUGCUAUGGCUUACACAAUACUCAAGCUUCAUAAGAAAGCUAUAAUGAAGCUGAAUGACAUGGAUCUUAUUGUCAACUAUAUUCAAGUUAAACUGCAUAAAGACUUCGGAUACGAUGAUGACAUUGUAAUUUACCAUUUGGAAAAGUCAAUGGAAGAGCUAAGACGAGCCAAGCUCGAUUAUCCUGGUCCUCCACCUCCAAAUGAGUUACCUCAACGAAUGCUGGGCGUUUUCGUAGAACCUGAUAAGAAAUCUAAAAUAGGACAGAGAGCGGAAAAUUUCUCUGAAACAGAGAAACAAACAAGGGCGAAUGUGAUACUCAGACGUGAAAAAGCCGCAUUGGAAUUGCAAGAACUGCGCGUGUCCCAGAGCGAUACUGUAUCAGAGCACAGUGGGCUGACGGGCGGCGUGCGUUGUGACGACUCUGUGUCCGGGCUCGGGUCGCGGCGCUCGCUCGCGGACACCAGCGUCACGAGCACCGCGGACCUGAGUGUGUUCUCGAGUGGCCGCUCCCACGCGCCCGAUAACUCCCUCGACACUCACAGCAAUGUCAGCGACGACGGCACUGGGUCAGAUGGUUCUGGCAUAUGCGGUGUGAGCAUACAAAGGGCUCCGUCGACCACGCACUCGACGCCGCGAGCGACGCCCCACCCUCCGUCCGCGUCCCCGCUCUCUGACGAUAUAGUACGCAUACACGUCACGUACAACCCCCUCGCCGCCAGCCCCUCGCACCUCCACCCUAUCAAUACCGGCAAAUAUAAAACGUACAGCGAGGAACAUCAUAAACCAUCUUCCCUCGGCUUUUACAACACCAAUGGAUCUACUAAUAUGCCUUCCGAUAACAGAAUUCGAAUUCAAGUCCCGUCGGAGGAUCUUCUCACUCCCGUUGUAGAUUCAGGUCGAAUAAUAGCUCAACGUUUCAUCGAACCUCAUUCGGAAAUGUAUGAUUUAAAGUAAAACACAUCAGUUAAUCGCUUAUCUUAUUGGCCAGUUGAAUCUCAUGUAAGUACCUACCUAUAACUUUCAGAUUGUGUAGCCGUCAUACCGUAGAUCUAAAAUGUAUAUGUAAGGAUCUCAAUAUAAUCACAGCAAUAUUUAGGUCACGUAUUCUUUUUUUCUGUGUUGUAAUAUAAUGUUAUAUACGUGCGUUUAUGUCCGAAUUACAUUGCACAUUGAAUGCUUUUUCGUCCGUCGGAGUCAAUUGCUUUAUGCAGUGUAUAUGGCAAAGCACUGUGACAUUAAUCAAUUAUAAGGGUUACAAAAGGGCACGACAGUGCAUUUAUGGAAAAGUAUUUAUGCAUAUUAUUAAAUUUUAAUGCACUCAUUAUUAUUUUUUUAAUUUAAGUUGGACGGCUCUCGUAUUGGAAUUUUGUUAUAUUAUGUAUUAUGUUUUAAUUAAUUUUAUGUAUUUCCAUGACUUAAAGAUUUCACCCGAUUGUUAACUUAAGGGUAGGUAAAGAAAAAAUACACUUAGUCAUUACUAUAUAUUAUGGUAGAAGACGUGUCAAAGUAGAUUCAAUACGUCACGUAAUAAAGACUUUAUUCUCGUUGCAUAUUUUGUAAUGGGUUACAACUACGAUUUGACGUCCACGGGCACUCAAUGCUGUGGCAUAAAUCUGCCAUCAAUAUUCUAUACAUCAUGUAGUUACCGCGGCUCAUUUACUAUUAAUUUUUACAAGAAAAUAGAAAGCAUAGAAUGGCUGAUAAUUUUUUGCACGUGUGUUCCUCUAUAGAUUUAAAUAACAGUUUGUCGUUAGCGCCGACUUCUAAAUAUUUAAAUCGGACUUUAUCUGCAUGUUGCAUUCAUUGUACAUUUUAUUCAGUGCAUACUCAAAGCAGUCAUUACAAAUAAGUUGUAAUAAAAUCUCGAAACCAAUGACUAGCAAGUAGUUCAUAAUUAUUAAUUUGCUGCUGGCGAGACGAAAGCCGCAGCUGCUUUAAUGUUUUGCAGUGUCCCUGGAAAAGUACGCGAAAUUUUUGUCUUUGAUAUAAAUUCUAUGAAAUCACGUUGCAAACAGUGACCGAUUUAGGGAACGUCUGUGGCCGAGGCUACCCCCCAGAGAUGUUCGGUCAGGGCGCAAUACCUUGACGCGUCCGUGCUAAUCUGGUAUUAUGCUGAUAACUGCAGCAACCUUAUAUUUGCUCUAUAACCGACACAAUCAAAACUAGUGGCGACCUUAGCUGGCGCAACGAUCCGCGGAGGAAAAAAUCUAAAGCGUGAGUUUCUAGGUUCGUGAGCCCACCCCUCCAAGGUCGCCAUUGAUCAAAACAAACCUCACCCAAUAUGUACCUGUUGAAUAAGUUCUGUUUUGGAUAAAUUAAGAGACGGAGAAGAUUCACGUGGGCUGAGAGAAAUAAGGUUGUUUUGUGGUACUCUUCUAUACGAGAUUUACUUACGUAUUUUGUAUAGUGCGUAUUGAAAAUAAUUGUGGCACUCGUAUUUUUCUAUUUAGUAUGAUGAAAUUUAUGGACUCUUUGUAUAUUCAUAAAGACAUUAGAUUUUAUUUGAUUCGAAAUAUGUACAAUGAGAUAUUAUUUUGCUGAUUACUAUAUUUAUGAUUUUUUUUAAACAUAAGAUUUGAUAAAGCCUCCACUUUGUAUUUUAGUUUUUACAUAAUACUGGGUGAAAUGUAAAGUAUUAACAGGCGAUUAUUUCCGUAAAAUUGGUAACAUUACAUCGGAACUUAUUAGAACUAUAUCGGUAUCCUAUUAUUGUAUUUUUUUUUACUUUUACUGAAGGGCUUAAUUGAAUUCAACAACACAUUGAAAUAAAACUAUUUACGGAUUUUAUUGCGGUUAUUUAUAUUAUUAUUUUCUGUCGACGUUUCGAAGACUACAGCCUUCAUGGUCACGCGGCGCACCGUGAAUAGUUUUAUUUCAAUGUCUGAUAUUCGCGUAAACAUAAUAAAUCAUUAUACAAUACAGCCGGACGUGGUUGAAAUAAAACCAAUUAACACAUUUCUAUUUUCCAUGACAUUACCUAACUUGUUGCGUUUCGAUAUAUAUAAAGGAUUUGUGAAUGACCAAGUACCUAGAUCUACGUUCUAAUUCCAAGUCCUUAUCUCCAAGGCUGGUAGUGCAUCGAUGAUUCUUCUGGUAUUUAUGUCCGGUGCAGAUCUUGUCACAUCAGAUGAUUUAUUGCCGGUUUGUUUGUUUAUACCAUAAAGAAAAAUUGUUGUUUAAAUUUAUUGAUAAAUAUUAUUAUCUUCCAUUUAAUUUUAGAAAAUAUAAUAUCCUGUUUUUUUUAAUAACCGUAAGAAGUACCUCACAUUUUUAUAAGAUCUCUUGAAUUGGAAAAAAAUAAUCGCCUGUUUUACAAGUUUGCAUCGCCAUGUGCACGUAUUUUUAUUCGCGUUCAAUGUAAUUUAGUUUAGAAGUUUGAUUACCCCUUGUUACUGCCAAAUAUUACAAAAUAUGAACACUCUUGUUGAUAUACUGUAAUAAUCAAUUAAAUUGUUGUAUAACUUGACUAAGUAAUUUUAGAUAAAUGUUAGUCCAUAUAAAAAGUACUUACCUUCUCAAUAAUAUAACGUUAGCUGAUUUGCUAGAUGUUUUUAACAAUUGUUUAUUAGAACGUUAAAGAUAGUGAAGAGUCAAAAUCACGAAAUGAACUCGAAUAAAAUUUUAAUUAGACCUAAAUGUUAUAUAUCUUAAGAGUUUCAAUUCUAUUAAAAACUUACAGUGAGAAACGCAAUAAUAUCAGUGAAACUGUUUAAACGAAUCUAUAUUUAAAGUUAGAAUAUAUUUAGCUCAGUUUGUAAAUGUAAAUAUGUUUAAUCCACUUGAACAGCAGCGGAUUGAUCCUAUGAGACAAAGAAUUAAGUUUUAAACGUUAGUUCAUAUAGUACGUAUUCCUGUUUAAUGUUUCAGCACACAAAGUGCAUUCGUAGAAAAAAUAUUGUUUUGCACCAACUACCUUUGAACGAUACUUAGGUGUUACAAGUUUAUAAAAUAUAAACGCAAUUUCACAGUCUAUUUUUAUACUCUAAUGCGGCGACUGAAUAUAUCAUAAUUAUUAAGAAUUUUUUGCCUGUAUAUUGAAUGAUGAAAUGUAUGAUCUGUAAUUUUUUUAAGGCGUGCAGUGUCGCUUAGGACGUCAUGUGCGACGGCUGUAUUCAUAAGCAAUAUUUGGCAUUACAUUGCGUGCGAUAUGCUUGGUUUUCGGAAACUAGAUUUAUAAGCCGUUAACACAAUUAUUAGACAUAAAAGUAUAGAAUAAUCAUGAAAAGUAUUAAAACAGCUGCCUCGUUGAUUUAGAAAUUUGCAUUUGAUUGAUAUUUGUAGUGUUAGAUAGAGAAUCAGCGUAUGUUUGUACUAAAAAUUGCUGAAUUUACGGAGUAAUUAAUGUUUGAAUGUAUUUAUCCCAUCGCAUAGGACGUUGCAUCAUGCAUGCCAACAUUAGGCUCGUCGAGUAUACAUAAUUUAUCCCACUUUAACUUUAAAAGCAACAUCUCUGACAGUGUAUACAGCCACAAUACUUAUAUACAUUUGUGUAAUAUUUUCUUUUCACGUAAAAAUAUAUACCCACUUCCUAGGUGCAAUAUAUUAAAUUAAUGAAGGGAGCCCGAAAUGGCAACAUAUUUAUUCGCUUCUAGAUUUUAUUUUAAACACCAAAACUAAGAAGUAUAUACAAAUAUUGCCACGUCGUUGUGUCAACGUAAAAUUCAAAUAAAAAGAGAAUUUAUUGUACAGCGAUCAUAAGUAACAAUCAAUUGGUUAGAAAUUUACUACGGUAGAUCAGUAGAUAUUUGUAUUAAAAAAACUUUUAAAAUACAACAUUGUAUGCUCUGUCAUCGUUUAGUAUGUACCUAUAUUUUAAUAGUCGUCAGUAAAGGUUUUUAUAUUUUGUAUAAAAAUAAUAAUAAUUAUUAGUUUACACUAUAAGGCCGAACAUUGGAGUCAAAUUAUUAUAAAAAAAUAAUAUUUAUUUUGAAUUAUAUUGAUACAGACGUCAUACAAGUUGUUAAAGUGAAUAUCAUAGAAAUAUGUGUUUAUUCUGAAAGUAGUGUUUUUAUUUGGAAUUAUCAGUCCAUUGCUGGGAUUAAACCAGCACUUGGAAUAAUAUCACUUCAUAUUAGCUUAAGAUUUUUCUGAACUAUACUUACGCGAUCCAACAAAUUAAUAAAACUUAGGUCACUAAACUAAAUAUACUAGUAUUAUUAUAUAAUAUUUCGAUACCUACAUAAAAGACUUGAAGGGAAGACUUGAAUCCCUGUUUAAAAAUAAUGCGCGCUGUAUAUGAGAUAUCUCUGCACAUUAUCAUCAUAUUUUAUCUCAUAUUUUGACCAAAUAAACGAAAACAUUAAUUUAUCUUUAAUAAAUAAACAAAUCUUUAAAUAUAAUAUAAAGUUUUAAUUUAGUUCUAUAGUCCAUUUGGUUAACGUUUAUGAACAAUAGUUUUAUUAUUUUUAUUCCAACUACUUAUAUUUUUUCUUAAAUGAAAAUUAUUAUUUUACAAUCUAUUUUACUCAUAUUGAAUAUAUCAUCACUUUACUAUAACUAGCCAAAGUUUCUGUGGGAAUUUACUUAUUUAAACAUAAUUCAACAAAUCUAAUGUAUUUAUAUACUUAAUCUCAAAACUAAUUGACAAAAUUCAAUGAUCAGCUAACUUCAAUCAAUAAACAAGCAAUCACGGAUCAAAGUCAUUCGGUAUCAAAUUAAAAAUCCGAUACUCGUAUUCGUGAACGUGGAAAAUAUAAAAUUCAUUACAUCGCUAAUAUGUAUCCACGGCUUUAAAAGCGGGAUAAAAAUAUAAUUUACGUAACACAAAGCUUUCCGAGCCUCUUUUGCUUAAAAAUUACAAGUUUGUCGUGGUGGUGCAUAGGUAAUGUUGAAUGUGGGAUCUAAGCUAUUCCAAUUUUACCAUUCCAUAAAAAUAUUUUAGUAUCUUGAUAUAGUUAAUACUUAGUAGUCAACAGUCACUAUACAUAUAUCUGUUUACUAAAACAGACAAAUGAGCUUCCCAAUUAAAAUCUUUUUUAGUUUUAAGGGUAAAUUACUUAAUAUAUGCAUCUUUUUUCUUCAAUACAGAUCUGUGGUUGUAAUAAAUAAUAUAUACCACUAGUUAGAAGCAAUUUCCAGGCAUUUAAAUGAUCAUGAUAUGUACAUAAUUUUUAAGUCAAAAAUCUAUGGGAUUUUUUGGUUAUGCGUAUAACAGUUUUAUCCAUAGCUAGCUUUUGCUCGCGACACCACCCACGUGCAACGUUUUUCGGAAUAAAAGACCUGCUAUAUAUUUUUCCGGAAUUAAAAAUAGCCUAUGUCCUUCACAGGAUCUUAAACUAUCACUAUAUAACCUUAUCGAAUCGGUUUUGUGGGACAGCCGUGAAAUCGAACAGAUAGACAGAAUUACCUUCGCAUUUAUAAUAAAAAUAUGGAUAGAUAUUCGUGAAGAGUUAUAAAAUAAAGUAAAAUAACUUUCCAAAAAUAAAUUAUGAGUAAACAAUUAAUUAAAACAAUUAAUAAAUUUUAAUAAUUUCGAGGUUUCCGAAUAAUAUUCAAUAAAAUGAUUAUUGGUUAUGGUAGAUCCACUUUUUCCGAGUCUAUGACGGGAUAUAAAAAAUCCGUCGUGCAUAAAGUAAAAAAGUAACAGGUCAAAAAAGGUGAUUUUAGAAAAAAAUAAGUAUAUAUCCUCAAUAUUUCGAAUAUGUUGGCACUUUUAAUGAGCGCAUUUCUUUAUGUCUAGUAGAGCCAUAUUCCCUUUAUGUCUAUCGACCAUUUAUGGGACAGUAUAGGUACGUUAAAUAAAUAUGCUAAUAAAAUUGGUACAAGUUAGAAGUUUUGCAUGUGCGAAUAUCUUCUCAUUGGAAUAGCACUGCUGUAUAGCAUCCACAGAUGCAUUGAUUUCAGGAUAGCUUGCAAAAAAAAUUUAUAAAGAAGCUUUAAGAGUAGUGCGAAAAAUAGUGUUAGUAUAAUAAUAAUAAUUAAUAAUUAGGCUACAUUACAUUUUCAUUAAGAAUUAAAACUUUUUACUCUGUACAAACAAAGGCACGUAAAACAAUUUUUAUUUUAUCCUCCUGCUAAAUUCAUUACUUAAUUAUGUUUAACUUUAUCUAGUUCAUUGCAAAUCUAUUAUAAUUUUUGUGGCUAAAAGAACCAGCCAUAGCUCAUUAAUUGCGCACAUGGAGCUAUUGCAACAAAUGUUUGUGAAAGGUUGCCGUUCUGUAUAUAGAGGGCACUCACGUUUAAAGCUUUAUACCCUAGCCAUAUAUAUAUAGCAAUGUCGUUUGCUGCUAAGGUUCUAAUAGGAUAAAAAGGAUUACGAAUCGUCCAGAUUACGUUGAACAAAAAUCUGUGCCAUCUUUGUAUCUAAGGAUAUGUAACUUAUAGAUAAAUUAUUAUUAGUGUUCAAUUACCUAUUUUUAUAACAAAUUUGUAUUAUUAUAAUUUAAAUGUAUUUAAAUUAUUAAAUGUGCACGAAUCUUAGUUAGUUUAUUAAGUUAUACUUUAUUUUUAAGUAAUGUAUAUGAUGAAGAUAAGCCUAGGUCUAAAUCUAGAUAUUGGUUCAAUUGCCUAGAAUCUGCAACUUGUUCAUUUAGAAGUGAGAGACUGAAUAUUUAACGAAAACCUGUGAGUGGUUAGUGGUGUGAGAUGAAUUAAUACCCAUACUAUAAUGCCAUUGCUACUGGCUUACCUUUGCAAAGGUCUCAAACAGGCACUACCUAAUAUCUAUAGAUUAAUAGUAAAAGUGUCGGCUUCUCGUUUCAACUAAUGUAUCUUAAUAUUUAAGUAUAUGUUACAGACAAAAUAAUUAACUUAGAUAUGAACAUGUACCUAAUAUAGUGAAAGCGAUUGAAGGGGCGGAAUAAAUCCAGUUUCUGUCUAUUUAUUGUAUACAAUAUUUAGUAAGACUUGGAUAAAGUAAAAAGACAAUUUUAGUUUAUUUUUGGUACAUUUUAGAGAUAGAUAUAUAAAAUGAAUGUAAGAAUUCUUUUCUUAUGAGAUGUUUCCAACUGAACAGCAUAUUUUAAAUAUGUGAUCAAGUCACUGUCGAAUUUUUGUCUGUAUAUCUGUGCAGAGUGUACACUAUACACACUAAAGUGAUAGCUCGCCUAAAUCGCAAUGUCUGUCCAACUGAUGUCGAAAUGCUUCCAGGCGGCAUUGAUGUCUGCUCGUAAGACUGGUGAGCUCAACCUGCUUGUUCCGGUCCUCUAAAGGAGCAAGGCGAUUUUUAAAAUUCAGUGAUUUUUAAAAUUGGUAAAAGUUAUUAUUUUCCGUACUAUUAUAGUUUUCAACGUUAAAUAGUCACGUUUAUUUUUUAAGCAACUCUACCUUAUGAAUAAUAUUCAGAUACAGUAAUUACACUAUCUCUGUAUAUCCUUAAUUGCUAUUGCAUCACAUUGUCUGUAACAUAUUAUAUUAUGUAAUUGAGUGGAGAGGUUAGUGCCCGAAUGGAGGUAGUCUAAGUAUAAUAAUAUUUACAUUAAGACAUAUAAAGAAACAAGUUUUGAUGUGGUCCUGCUGGGAACACUAUUGCGAAAUAGAUUUUUAAUAUUUAUUUUCAUUUUUUUUGUUAUUACUCUAUUUUUUUCUCUGUGGCAUGCAUUCGCCGCGCGAUAAAAAAUAAAUACUUACUUUAUUGUGGAAGCCUCAACAUAAAGUCAUACCCGCAAAUAAAGCCUAAUUUAGACGGAUCUAUUAUUGUUAGCAAUAAUCGUACUCAAAUUUAUACACAGAAUGUAUUAAGAUAAACAAACAAAAAAAAAACAGAAGAAAGGAAAUUUUAUUUCGUAAAAAUCUCUUCGUUAAAAUAGGGGGCCCUAUUUCGCCUACGGGUCGAAUCCGUCUUUUUGCAAUUACUUGCGUCUAAUCGAAGGACAAUUUUAAUAGUCGUGUAGGUAAAGGAGUAAAAACGUCCUUUAACAAAGAUUUUCUACUCUUAUACCUACAUAAUAUAUGGCUGUAAUAACUUACAACCAUACAAGUUAUAAAUUGCCAACUCACUACAUUGUUUUUUUUUUCAAUAUUACAUUUGCGGAAUAUAAAUUGUCAAUUAUGUGACGUAAAGUACUAAAAGUAAUUAAAAUUAUAGUUGAACACUAUUUAAUUACUACCUACAUGGCGAAUUCCGUACAAAUUAUAAAAUUUGCUAAUAUAAAAAAUCCAAUCAAGUUCCGCUAAAAAAUGGAGUAUUCGGAUACAGAUUUGCUCAGACAUAUUUGUUUUACUUCGGAGCUCUGUGGAUUCAGAUGCGACUAAAUUGACGCAACUGCAAGUUUCGGGAUGAGUUGUAAUAUUUCUUAUUCUUAUGGACAUAAAGCAAAAUGGGGAUUUAUAAUGGCCACAGAAAAAUAAUAAAAAUAUUAUUAAAAUAUAAAUGUAUUAGUAAUCCAGUUACGAAAACAUAAUUAUUAUGAGGAGUUCGCUUAAUAAUGUUUCUAACUUCUAGAUUAUAUCAAGCAAAGUAUAGUUACGUCUAUGUUGGCAAAGUAUGUUAGGCGUCGUCUGAGCUGAUACUUCCAAUAGUUUCAUAUUAAAAUUACAGUGAGAAUAGUGCCUGCACGAAAAUAUUAUGCUUCAUUAUUAGAUUAUGGUGUAAAUAAUUAUUAUUGAAUUUUUCAUAUUUACACCAGUACGGAAAUUGUUAUUGUCGUAUAGUGCUUUGAUUCGCAGGUAUUAAAUCAGUCGCCAGAGUGGGAACGCGUAUAGUAAACAAACGAGACAAAAAUGUAGGUCAGACUGUAUAAUUUUGUCCGCCCGAAUAAUUUCAAAGUUGAGAUUGCACUUAUACUAGUGUAGAUACGUACACUAUACAUACAUAAUUAGCGUAGGGACAUAAUGAAAAAUGCAAUAAUUCCGAUUACCACUAGGUAUUACGUUUUUUUAGUAUUUUUUCGUAUGUAUGGCUCAUACCAGCCAUAACAUAGCUAAUAAUAUGUGGGUGUUUUAAAUUUAUUCAUAUCCAAAUGCAGCGUUCGGGAAACUUAGCAAAGCGUCUAGAAUACCUCAGUGCCUGAAGACAAAAGUCAGUGUAAACAGUGAUGGCAUAUGAUACUGAGACGUGGUCUCUGACUAUGGGCCGUCUGAGACGGCUCACAGUCACUCAUCGAGCUAUGUAGGGGGCUAUGCUCGGUGUUUCUUUACGCGAUCAAAUCAGAAAUGAAGAGAUCUGUAGAUGAACGCAAUUCACUAACAUAGCCCAGCGGAUUAGCAAGCUAAAAUGGUAGUGGGCAGGACACAUAGUUCGCAAAAUUUAUGGCAGAUGGGGCAAAAAAGAUUUCGAGUGGAGAACACGUACCGGCAAGCGCAGCGUUGGACGUCCACCUGCGACUUGAUAAAGGUCGCAGGAACAUGUUGGAUGCAGGCCGCUUUCGACAGGGCCGUCUGGAAAUCUUUGGGGAAGGCCUAUGUUCAGCAGCGGACUUUAUGUGGCUGAUAAUGAUGAUGAUAUCGAAUUAUUUGUUAUUUUAUUUUCAUUACAAGUUACCUACCUAUAACAUUACGUUCAUAUAGUUGAGCGAUACAAUAUUACAAUUGAGGCGCUCCCUCAAGAAAACGGCCUUGAGUGAUUCUUUAGUUUCACACUUUUACGGCCCAUGAGUUGAAGGUGGAAAUAUACAGACUUACGAAUAAUUUAUAUAAUAAAUUUUAGGUAUUCUUGAAAAUGUUUAUUUAUCAAAAUAUCCAUUAUUAAAUUGUCUAAUAAUAUUAUUCGCAAAUUUAAAUUACAUCUACUUUAGGAGAUGCACGGAAUCGACAAUUUUCGUGGGUUUUUGUGGCAUGUUCGCUGUGGUCAACAGUUUCGUAGUAAAUGUAAUCUUAUUAUAUUUUGUAAGUUUUGCUUGCGGUUAAUCUUAAAUUUCGAUUUUACAUUGACUCUCAAAUCUCUAUUUUUUUUAAGGCCAGCGUUAUUAAAUAUAAAUUUAAUGGACGGUAGGUAUUAAUUAGCACCAGGUAAUCAUUAGCUCAUUUGUAGGCCUACUCUAAAAUAGUCCAAUAAAUGUAAUAACAUAUGUAUAACAAUAUUACUUUUUUUCGUAAGACUGAACUAAACUUUCGCCAGAAAAUUAUACUUAUUCAAAAUCGUAGUGAAUCGUAAUGUGUCGUAUUUUUGUAAUUCAACGUUAAAUACUUACGAAAGAUGACUCAAAAUUAUUGAAGAUUUAUUUACAUUAUUAUUUUAUUCCGAUAACAAUUUAAACUUGUUUUAUCUACAGUUUAAUAUAAAUUAUAUUCCAUAGCAGGCGAAAUGAAGUUAGAUAUUAGUAUCUACAUUAUGAAGUUUUGUCUAUGGGCAGUGCCGGCUUUAGCCUUCGAGGGCUCAGUGGCUCGCCAGAGACUGUGGCACCUAAAAAGAUUGUUAGAAAUAAGUGUGCCAAGAUAUUUUGCCCAAAGCGCCUCAAUAGCUAAGGUCGGCAUUGCCUAUUUCCUAUUAAUUCCGUCGUUUGGUUACACUCAUUAUUGAAAUGAAGGUAAACGAUGUUUAAAAACGAUCGAUGAAUAAAGAAUGUUUAAUUUCGGACUUUGUUUUGCGGAUUUUGAUUUCGUACUACUUCUUUGGAUGUUAAUAUUUUAAGUGCUAGGGCACCUACUGUUAUAUAACUUCUUGUUUUUGGCAUUAUAAUUUACGGUGGGACCUCUCUGAAUAACAUAAUAUAAUAACUACUACUAAUUUUGAAAGGUGUUCAACCAAUAACUUAUGUUUAAAUUAUGUAUUACCUUAUGAAUUGUAUAUUAUUAUUUUUAUAAAUGAUAGAACUUAUACCAUAAUUUAGUUUAAAGUAAUUAAAAUACGGUUUUUCAAUUUACUCAUAAAUAGUACAUAGUUGAGUAAUUUAUUUCUUUUAUUAUAAGGUAUGCAGCAAACAGCACGGAUUGAAAUGUAUCAUACCUACAUUUCUCGUUAUGCAUAUUAUAAUAUGUUACUGCAAUUAUUUUUUAAAGGUAAUGUACAGUUAGUUGCCCCUGUAUGAAUUCAAUGCACUUUAUGAUUGUAACAUUGUGUGUUAAUCAUUAUAUUGUUUUUAUUAUAAACAAUGUAAACGGCCUAUAGAUUAAUAUUUAUGUAAUAUGAGGUGCUAGAAUCUCCGAAAUUCCCUUACCAAUUUAAGAAAGAAAUAUAUUUUUGUCAGAGGACAUCUACUUUUAUGUCUUGUCGCGCUGGUGAGAUUACGGUGACGGAGAGGUUUUGGAAUAGAAGUUGUAAAAAAAACAUUCACGUCGAAUUGAUAGUCUCCUCCUUUUUCUGAAGUCGGUUAAUAAAUACUAGCCAAGGCUAGGCUGCUAGGAAAUUAUAGGUUUAUUUGGGUAAUCACUAGGAGACUCAAGUCAAGCGCCAGUACUGGAGGACCCAGAAUUCUGGUUUGGAAUUGUCUUAACCCGAUAAAGACAUCCUUGCAUUUUUUGAGAUUUUCACGGAUAAAUAUGCUUUUGGGAAAAGUGUAUGUCACCUAUAGCCCGCUCCUGGAUCUGUCACUUACGUCAAGGACCCAGAAUACUGGUGAUAAGAAAUUCAUGAAAUGGUCCUGUCCCGAAAUCUAAAAAUUGGUUUUGGACUAUUACUUCAACUUUUGUUAUAAAGUUUUCCUUUGCAAUUGAAUAUUAAAGUAAAUGAUUUCUUAUUAAAUGAAUUAUUUUCGAUUCGUAGAUGUGAACCAUAUUUCAUUAGAAACAUUAUUUGAUACCUAAGCUCUAGUAAACGUUUGCUCGCUAUCUUCCCUCCCUCAAAUUGUCGCAACGAAUAAUUGUGAUUCGUGUUGUCUGAGUAAAGAGCGAUGGUUUAGAGUCGAGCAUCUUUCAUCUGAUUAUUUCUGCAGAGGGGAGACGACCCAAUAUGAAGAACGAUUUAGAAAAUUAUUUUUUGAGUUAGGGCCAAUAUAGCUUCAAGAUACUUCAUAUUUCAAAGUUGUUAUUUCAACUUGAAAUACAAAUUCGGUUCGUUUGUUAUUGAGUUUAGUAUAGCUUCAUCAUAUGACCUUAUCUAAAUAAAAUGUUUGGCAUUUAACACUUUUCUUCAAAAUCUCCUCAAAAAGACUCCUAAAAACCACUACUUACUAUCAAAAAAAUAAUUGUACAUUACUUAUAAACCGUUUAAUAAGAAAUUAUGAAUAUACAAGCAAUGUAAUCUUUUUUCCAAUUAUUCAUGUAUUUAGGUUUAUAUGCAAAUACAGUAAUUGUUUUGGACUCUGUGGCUAAUUUAAAUAACCAGCUAAGCUAAGUAAUAAAGAAAAAUAUAUAUAAAAACAAUUUCCAUUUUAAAUUAGGCACCGACUCGCAAAAGAUAUUGGAAUAUGUAUAAAAACAUACUUCAGCUUACCAUUUAAGUGCUUUGAGAACAAUAUGCGAAUUAAAACUCAUUCUUCCUAAUAUAUUUCACCGUCAUAUAAAAUAAUUGUUAAUAUUGUUUCAUGUAACUUCAUUUAACUAUACUUAAACAGCAAACUGACGCGUCAUUGCCUGUCCGUUCCAUCACAUUGGUGCUUUUCGAACAUGUUUAAGACCGCGUUAAUUAUAAUUUAACGUAAAAAAAAUAUAUUGUCUUAGUCAGACACACAUGAACGGAAAGCGUCAGCACGAAGGGGAUCGGUCGCACAAGUCAGAUUAUGUGUAUGUGCUCAUUUUGAUCCGACUUGGUCAUAUUUUGUAUGCAUAAUUAAUACUAAGGUUACCGCCCCCAAAACUAUUAUAAGUUAUUGUUUGCAAUUACAUUAGGAUUGUAGGCCUUGUAAAGGAAUUUAUAAUUGUUUGGGAAAUAUAUAUUAUGUAAAUGAUUAUCUUUAGAGAUGUAUUAAACUUGUGAAUUUUUGGCGAGCUCUCUUUGGAAUAGCUAGACUACACAUUGUUCAUAAUAAAUAUCAUAAUUUAAAUUA